AUGUCUGAAUUUUACCUUUCAGCGAAAGGUCUUUUAAAUUGCGCAAAUUCCAACCUGCAAAAUGACUUUGUAUUCAUAGUUGGAUCAAAGGAGUAUCCUUGUAACUCAUUACUUGCAGAUUUUAUUUCAUCCAAAGCGGCCGAACUUCACAUUCAAAAUCCACACGCAGAAUCUUUAACUAUAGAUGUCAGUGAUCCAUAUGAUGUCUUUUCUGUUGUAAUGCAAUUGAUGAAUGGCGAAGAAAUCGAUGUUAUUCCUUCAAAUAUUAAAUACAUUAGACGAAUUGCAAAAGCGAUCGGAAAUCAAGAACUAUUACGCGAAUUUUCAUAUUUGUGGCGCAAUGAGCAACUUACACUUACAAAUUGUGUUCAAAUUGCUGAAGAAAAGUACGAAAAUAAAGAUGAUAUUACUGCAGAAAUAGAAUAUAUAGCAGCUAAUUUCUUUCAAAUUGCAUUUGACCAAUUAGAUGGAAUGGAUAUUUAUUUAUUCGAAAUGGUAUUCACGCAUCCAAGUUUAAUACUAGAAGAUGAAACAAAGACAUUUAAUUUUGUAUUCCAGCAAUGUCAGAAGUACGGUUAUGAAUACGUAACUUUAUUUAAGUAUAUAAUUUUCGAAAAUACAAAGAAGGAAGAUAUAAAUCUCUUCCUUGAGAAGAUACUUAAGAAGUAUAUAUCAGCCGAUAUCUUUGAAGCCAUAAAACAUAGACUUUGCCAGCCAUUAACUACUGCUUGCCCAACAGAUAGCACAAGGUACCAUAUACCAUCAAUAACAUUAUUGUUUGAUCCAGAAAAGGAUCUUUUCCAUGGAAUCUUCCAUUAUUUGAUUCAUAGAUCUGAUCAAGACAUUUUCAGGACAGGACAAGUCGUUUUGAAGUCAAAAGGAGAAAAUUCAUCAAAUUCCCUUGACUGUAUCUUCAAUUCUGAUAAGCGUACGCCUUACGGAAUGUCGGAUACAAAGGAUAAUUAUGUUUUGAUCGAUUUCAAGUCCAUGCAAGUUCAGAUCACCGGAUAUUCAAUUGCCUCUGGUUCUGGGCCACGAUGGAGCCAACCAAUUAGCUGGGUCAUAGAAGGCAAAAAUAACCCAAGGGAAGACGCUUUUUAUACUAUAAUUGAUGAAAAGAAACAGAAUAGCGAUAUGGGAGGUAGUGACAAGACUCAUUAUUGGGAUUGCGCGAAAUCUAAACCAUAUCAGUUUAUUCGCUGGAGAUUAACACAAGGAAAUGGUGGAAGCAUCAAUUUUAGGCAAAUGGAAUUGUUUGGCAUAUUACUACAUAAACCUAUUAAAAAAUAA